AGUUCCGGCCCGUGUUGUUUCGGCCGUGGAACCAUAGCCGCCAUUUCAAGACUGUGAGUGAGAGGUUGAUAGCCAACCAGAGUUCUUAGGGUUCGAGGCUUGUAACUACUGCCGCCGCUUAAACCUUCCAAAAUACUAAUAAGGCUGUAGCUCUUUUUUCUACUACCUCCAGAUACAUUAUUGCCAGUAGUGGCGGCAGUGGAAUCAAUUAUCCUCUUUUUGCUCUCCCUCAAGAAGCUCCAGAUGGCGUCUUCCGUGGGCAACGUGGCCGACAGCACAGAACCAACGAAACGUAUGCUUUCCUUCCAAGGGUUAGCUGAGUUGGCACAUCGAGAAUAUCAGGCAGGAGAUUUUGAGGCAGCUGAGAGACACUGUAUGCAACUCUGGAGACAAGAGCCAGACAAUACUGGUGUGCUUUUAUUACUUUCAUCUAUACACUUCCAGUGUCGAAGACUGGACAGAUCUGCUCACUUUAGUACCCUGGCAAUUAAACAGAAUCCCCUUCUGGCAGAAGCCUAUUCGAAUUUGGGGAAUGUGUACAAGGAAAGAGGGCAGUUGCAGGAAGCCAUUGAACAUUACCGACAUGCAUUACGUCUCAAACCUGACUUCAUCGAUGGUUAUAUUAACCUGGCAGCUGCAUUGGUGGCAGCUGGUGACAUGGAAGGAGCAGUACAAGCUUACGUCUCUGCUCUUCAGUACAAUCCUGAUUUGUACUGUGUUCGCAGUGACCUGGGGAACCUGCUCAAAGCCCUGGGUCGCUUGGAAGAAGCCAAGGCAUGUUAUUUGAAAGCAAUUGAGACGCAACCCAACUUUGCAGUAGCUUGGAGUAAUCUCGGCUGUGUUUUCAAUGCACAAGGGGAGAUUUGGCUUGCAAUUCAUCACUUUGAAAAGGCUGUCACCCUUGACCCAAAUUUUCUGGAUGCUUAUAUCAAUUUAGGAAAUGUCUUGAAAGAGGCGCGCAUUUUUGACAGAGCUGUGGCAGCUUAUCUUCGUGCCCUAAGCUUGAGUCCAAAUCACGCAGUGGUGCACGGCAACCUGGCUUGUGUAUAUUAUGAGCAAGGCCUGAUCGAUCUGGCGAUAGACACCUACAGGCGAGCUAUUGAACUGCAACCUCAUUUCCCUGAUGCUUACUGUAACCUAGCCAAUGCUCUCAAAGAGAAAGGCAGUGUUGCGGAAGCAGAAGAUUGUUACAAUACAGCUCUCCGUUUGUGUCCCACUCAUGCUGACUCUCUCAAUAAUCUAGCCAAUAUCAAACGAGAACAGGGAAAUAUUGAAGAGGCAGUUCGUUUGUAUCGUAAAGCAUUAGAAGUCUUUCCAGAGUUUGCUGCUGCGCAUUCCAAUUUAGCGAGUGUAUUACAACAGCAGGGCAAACUGCAGGAAGCUUUAAUGCAUUAUAAGGAAGCUAUUCGAAUAAGCCCUACCUUUGCGGAUGCCUAUUCUAACAUGGGAAACACUCUGAAGGAGAUGCAGGAUGUUCAGGGAGCCUUGCAGUGUUAUACUCGUGCCAUCCAGAUUAACCCGGCAUUUGCAGAUGCGCACAGCAAUCUGGCCUCCAUUCAUAAGGAUUCAGGGAAUAUUCCAGAAGCAAUAGCUUCUUACCGCACGGCUCUGAAACUUAAGCCUGAUUUUCCUGAUGCUUAUUGUAACUUGGCUCAUUGCCUGCAGAUUGUCUGUGAUUGGACAGACUAUGAUGAGCGAAUGAAGAAGUUGGUCAGUAUUGUGGCUGACCAAUUAGAGAAGAAUAGAUUACCUUCUGUGCAUCCUCAUCACAGUAUGCUGUAUCCUCUUUCUCAUGGCUUCAGGAAGGCUAUUGCUGAGAGGCAUGGGAACCUUUGUUUGGAUAAGAUUAAUGUCCUUCAUAAACCACCAUAUGAACAUCCAAAAGAUUUGAAGCUUAGUGAUGGUCGACUGCGUGUAGGAUAUGUGAGUUCUGACUUUGGGAAUCAUCCUACUUCUCACCUUAUGCAGUCUAUUCCAGGCAUGCACAAUCCUGAUAAAUUUGAGGUAUUCUGUUAUGCCCUGAGUCCAGAUGAUGGUACAAACUUCCGAGUGAAGGUUAUGGCAGAAGCCAAUCAUUUCAUUGAUCUUUCUCAGAUUCCAUGCAAUGGAAAAGCAGCUGACCGCAUCCAUCAGGAUGGAAUCCACAUCCUAGUGAAUAUGAAUGGUUAUACAAAGGGUGCUCGAAAUGAGCUCUUUGCUCUCAGGCCAGCUCCCAUUCAGGCAAUGUGGCUGGGAUACCCAGGGACUAGUGGUGCACUUUUUAUGGAUUAUAUCAUCACUGAUCAGGAAACUUCACCAGCUGAAGUUGCUGAGCAGUAUUCUGAGAAACUGGCUUAUAUGCCCCACACUUUCUUUAUUGGUGAUCAUGCUAAUAUGUUCCCUCACCUAAAGAAAAAAGCAGUCAUUGAUUUUAAGUCCAAUGGGCACAUUUAUGAUAAUCGGAUAGUUCUGAAUGGCAUCGAUCUCAAAGCAUUUCUUGAUAGUCUACCAGAUGUGAAAAUUGUUAAGAUGAAAUGUCCUGAUGGAGGAGACAAUGCAGAUAGCAGUAACACAGCUCUUAAUAUGCCUGUCAUUCCCAUGAAUACUAUUGCAGAAGCAGUUAUUGAAAUGAUUAACAGGGGACAGAUUCAGAUAACAAUUAAUGGAUUCAGUAUUAGCAAUGGACUGGCCACUACACAGAUCAACAACAAAGCUGCCACUGGAGAGGAGGUUCCUCGUACCAUUAUUGUAACCACCCGUUCUCAGUAUGGUUUACCAGAAGAUGCCAUUGUGUACUGUAACUUCAAUCAGUUGUAUAAAAUUGACCCAUCUACUUUGCAGAUGUGGGCAAAUAUUUUGAAACGUGUUCCCAAUAGUGUGCUCUGGCUGUUGCGUUUUCCAGCAGUAGGAGAGCCCAAUAUUCAACAGUAUGCACAAAACAUGGGCCUGCCCCAGAACCGUAUCAUUUUUUCACCUGUUGCUCCUAAAGAGGAGCAUGUCAGGAGAGGCCAGCUGGCUGAUGUCUGCCUGGACACUCCACUCUGUAAUGGGCACACUACGGGAAUGGAUGUCCUCUGGGCAGGAACACCAAUGGUGACUAUGCCAGGAGAGACCCUUGCUUCUCGAGUUGCAGCUUCUCAGCUCACUUGCUUAGGUUGUCUUGAGCUUAUUGCAAAAAAUAGACAAGAAUAUGAAGACAUAGCUGUGAAACUGGGAACUGAUUUAGAAUACCUAAAGAAAAUACGUGGCAAAGUCUGGAAGCAGAGAAUAUCUAGCCCUCUGUUCAACACCAAACAAUAUACAAUGGAACUAGAGCGGCUCUAUCUGCAGAUGUGGGAGCAUUAUGCAGCUGGCAACAAACCUGACCACAUGAUUAAGCCUGUUGAAGUCACUGAGUCAGCCUAAUAAAGACUGUGUACAGGAGAAUUACCCCUAUACCUGAGCCUCAACCUCCUGGGGAAAGGGAACUAGAUAACAUACUUUUUACUUAUCUGUACAGUGCCAUGUUGCAGAUGGGUGAUACAUAAUGGUAAUAGAAUAGCACAGCCAGACUUGCUUCCUACAUAGUAGGGAGAAACACAAGAGAUGGAAAAAUGCUGUUCCACAAGGAAUCUCCAGAGUUUUGCAUCAUCCAGGUCUGGAAGGUCUGAUCUCCCUCGGUCUUCCAUGGGAUGGUUAGUGUGGAGGGGAGAUAAAAGUUGUCCAGCCCUUGUGAUUCCAUGGAUUGAUUGAGUCUUCUGAAUUAGUACCCCCUUUAUAUUUUGGGUUUGGGAGAUUUUAAAAAUAUGUGGUUUCAGGUAUUUUUUUAUCAUCAUGUGAAAUCUUUUUGAUUAUCUUGAGGAUAAGGUUUUAAGCUAAAAUGUUGCUCCCUGUUUUAGUUUCUAAACUGACAGGUUAAGGAGGACUUUGCUGGUGUAGUCUUUUUAUAGGUUUUAUAAACCACUUGAGCCUAUAUCAGUCAUUUUAGGGUUUGAUCUGAUGUUUGAAACUAUUUGCUUUUUUGGUUUAGAUAAUGACUCAAGAUUUUUUCUUGUCUAUUUCCUAUUUCCUUCUCUCCUCCACUUCACCCUCUUUAAAAAUUCUCCUGUAACUAAGCUAACAAAACCAUGUCUGACUCAAAACAUCCCAGAGUGUUUCUUUUAAACACAUCAUCUGGUGCCAAAUGAAAAAUUUUAGGAAUGAUUUACUAAUUAUGAAGGGCACAGUUGUGGUACUGUCAUUAAUUAAUAUAGGGUUUUGUUUAUUUGCUUAAUUAUGACCUGUUUCACCAGUGUUUUACCCUUGACUGCCUCUUUUAUGCUGCUUCCACAAAUGAUAGUGUGUGAUAAGAUUUUUACCUUCCUUUCUAAAGUUGUUUUUUUUUUAAAGUGAGUCCUGUUCUUCCUAUUUCUUUCAGCAGAAAUGAAAUCCCAGGUAAGUAUAAGUUCAAAUAUUUGAUCAGUAAGUUGCAGUUAUCUUUACUACAUCAGGUAACAUUCAUUGAAAAAUGUGUUGUAGGUAAUAUCACUGAAGGACCAUCUAUGUAUAAAACUAAUUCUUUGCAGACUUUGUUAGGCUAUUAUAUAAUAGCUGUCUUCUGGACUUGAAGUCCAUAUGAAUUCAGCCUCAUUUAUAGUGAAAUGCACUGUUACUUGGUAUGGAGUACAAAUUAAGCUUUAUAUAGCCCUCUUGAAGCUUCAGUUCUUGGUAUCAAAAAUCAUAGGAAUGAAAUUACCAAAUUUCACAAAGGGUCAGGGGCUUGAGGUUUAAGCCAACAUAUGAAAAUAUGUUUGUCUUGCUGUACCGCACUUAUGAUAUCAAGUCACAGAUAACUUUUUGUUUGCUAGUAGUGUUCUAGAUAAUGUCUUUCCAAAGCUCUGAGGCAGUGAACCUAUUCUGUAGUUGGAGCUGUUGCCUGAAUGUAUCCUGGCUGACAAAUUAUUGAAUUAUAUGAAGAACUUGAAUUUCUGAAAGCUUCUUACUGCUAACCAAAAUCUGAGUAGAGUCUUAAGUGUAAUUCUGCUUCAGAAUUACAUGUUUGUGAACUGUGUGUACCUUUUAGCAAUGUAAAUCAAGGGACAUCAGUUAAAGGAUUUCUCAGUUAUUUUUUAUCUGAUUGAGCUAUCAGUUAAGGUUGCUAGCAUGGUUGCCGAUAAACUGAUAUAAAGUUCACUGAGCUGCUCAUUGUGAAAUAGGAUACUAUACUUCCAAUGCCCUCAAGACUGUAGCCUUACAGCUGUUUGACAUAGCACAUCAUUCCUCCUAUAGGGAUGAACUUCCUGGCACGAACAGUAGCCGCUCUGGUUGAAGCUUUGCUUAUUGUAAUAGGCUUUUAUUCCCAGGUAAUUUCUCUGUGGAAGACCUAAUUCUGAAUAGAGAUAUAGACAUUACUGGAAACUAAUUUUUUUUUCUAUUAUACUCUGCUUUAUCAAAAAAAAGUAAAACAUUUAAAUUGUGCUACAGGAAUUCAGUUGUUGUCUUGCAAUCUUUAAACAAUAAAUGAAUGAUUUCCCCUUAAUAUGG